GGGGGAGCGUCCGAGGAGAUGGGAUUGGGAUUGUAGUAACAGUGAGCGCCACAAAGUGAUGGCGAUGGCAAUCCAAUUGCUUUCAACGAUUCCACGCCAGCUGUUUUCGAAAAUCCCCACCUCCUCAUGUGCUUUGUCUCUCUUCUUUCCUUGGCUCUCAUUUUUAUAUUGCUUCUCUCUAUUUUCCACACACCGCACCUCCCCCACUUCCUCCACUUCCCUUGUGGUCUUCUCAUCCACCCAUUUCUCUUUCCCCCUCCAUUUAUCUGGUAAUCUUUUAUUGAUUCCUUCCAGUUUCUAUUCAGCUGGUGUGUUGUUUGUGUUUUAUUGAUGAUUUUGUGAUUUGGGUUUGUUUCGUUUGCCGGGUCUUGUUUGAGAAUUGGGUACUAGGAGGAGAUAAAAGGAUUUUUCUUGGAUUUGGCUAUGUGAUCGGGCUGCAGUGGUGGGAUUGAAAUUGCUCUUGAAAAGGGUAUUUUUCAUUGCUUUUUAUCUCGUUCUCAACCAUGGAAAGUCGCAGUAUUGAUGCGGAACCAAGUCCUUUUUUGAGUUUGACUUCUGCCUUCUCAUAUGGGGUUGCUUCAAUGGCCAUGGUGUUCAUCAACAAGGCAGUUCUCAUGCAGUAUUCAUCCUCGAUGACCCUUCUCACUGUUCAGCAAUUGGCGACAGCCUUGCUAAUACACUUUGGUCGAGUGAUGGGUUACACAAGAGCUAGAGGGAUAAAUAUGGCUAGUGCAAAACGGCUUUUCCUUGUUUCACUAUUCUAUAAUGCAAAUGUGGCAUUUGCUUUGGCAAGCUUGAAAGGAGUUAAUAUUCCAAUGUAUAUUGCAAUUAAAAGACUUACACCUCUUGCUGUACUGAUAACUGGAUUUUUUUCGGGAAAGGGGAGGCCCUCAACACAGGUAUCACUUUCAGUAAUUUUGACUGCUGCUGGUGUUAUCAUAGCUGCGUUGGGAGACUUUUCCUUUGACCUUUUCGGAUAUAGCAUGGCCCUUACUUCUGUUCUCUUCCAGACCAUGUACCUUGUGUUGGUGGAAAAGUCUGGUGCAGAGGAUGGGCAUUCAUCAGUUGAGAUCAUGUUUUACAACAGUUUUUUGUCUCUUCCAUUUCUAUUAUUUCUCAUCAUAGCUACUGGAGAAUUUCCAAAUUCUUUGUCAUUAUUAGUUGCAAAGAGUAAUUCAUUAUCAUUUUUGGUGAUCCUUAUUCUUUCAUUGGUGAUGGGUAUAGCUCUGAACUACACGAUGUUCUUAUGUACAAUAGUCAAUUCUGCUCUAACAACAACCAUUGUUGGAGUCCUCAAGGGGGUUGGAUCCACGACCCUUGGUUUUGUCUUACUGGGUGGAGUGAAGGUACAUGCAUUGAAUGUGACUGGAUUGGUUAUCAACACAGCUGGUGGUGUGUGGUAUUCAUAUGCCAAAUAUCAGCAAAAGAAGAGCAAGCCACCAAAGCUAAUGUCUGAUUUGGAGGCUCAUAGGAAAUGAAAUCAAUAAUAGAGGAUUUCAGAUGAUGGGGAUUUGUCUUUGGUGGAGUCUGAUGUUUCCUUCCAAGUAUAGUCACAAGAGUUGCCAUUAUAACAAACAACUUCAAAUUGGGUGCUCAAAUCUCUAUUUUUCUCCAUAUAUAAUUCUUCAGCAACGCUGCUGCUUCUUCUUCUUCAUCAUCAUCAUCUUCUUCUUUUCAUGUUUUCCGGCCAAAGGGGGCAUGAUUUUUGGGUUUUUUUUCUGGAAAAGGAAUGAAAUGUUGGAACUGUAUUGAAGAAAGAAAGGAGAAGAUGGAUAAAUUUAGAUUGCAGAAGAGGGGGAGGGGGGACAUGGGUACAAGAUGAUAGUGAAAGGGGUUUGUUUUGUUGUGUGCCCUGAGUAGAGGCCAUUGCCUUUCAAAAUUAUUUAAGACUGACAUUUACCAAACCAUUCUAUUUGCAUGCAUGGUACCUGGAUUUGGGGAUGUCAUGAGGCAGCUGGAAAUUUAGGUAGAUAUGUAGGUUUUUGGCACAAAAGACAUGAGGUAGCUUGGGUAUUGAUAGACUCCUACUGUUCAUUCCCAUGUGCCUACUUACUUUGUAUUAAAAUUACUCUGGGCUUCUUCUGAGGCUUAUAACAAGCUUCUGUGACUAUCAAAUUUUGGGUGUUGUGGCAUUAAAUUAUGUA